AUGCAAGCACCCCACUGGAUCCCCGCCACACAACGUCUGCUAGCGAUCUCCGAGGUGCUGAUCCAGGUGGCCGAAGAUGCUGAUGACAAGUUCACCGUGGCGUCUCUUGCCCGAACAUGCCGCGACUUCUGCUCGCCCGCCCUCGACGUACUUUGGCGAAGCCAAGUAGGUCUCGCGAACAUCGUCAAGUGUAUGCCUCCGGAUCUCUGGGAGAUCCGGGAGGACGGAGGGCGUUCUAGCCACCCGAUGUUGAUGUUCAUGUUCAGACGUCCCAUGUGCGCCAGCGACUGGGAUCGAUUCAACGUGUAUGCACCUCGCAUCCGUGAGCUUACUCUUUAUCUAUGUGACCGUGGCAACACGAGGCUCCCCGGCAAUGUUUACGCUACGCUGAACAUGCAUGCGCCCUCGCUCCCGCUCUUUCCUAGUCUACGUAAUUGGCGCUGCUACGACAUACCACACGCGACAGUCGUACCGGACCAUUGGCUCUUUCUUGGUUCGUCCUUGGCUGAGCUUGUUCUGGAAUGGGACGUGCUCGACGAGCGGGCCGCGUUUCUAAUGGCCUGCCUUCCUUUCAUCUGCCCCAAACUUCGGACACUCCGUAUCCGCGUCAGGCGCGGCUUCGCAUCGUACCUCAUCUGGCUCCAACCUACUCCGUUCAGCUCAUUGAAGGAGUUGCGGACUUUUGAGAUCCGGAGCAUGGUGGAUAUCCCUGUGGACACACUGAUGGCCGAGCUACAGUCGCUCCCUUGGCUGAGUGACCUGACACUAAACAGGUAUCCCGGUCCUUUGUGGGCGUCACCGGCUGCUACAAUCGAAGCACCACCCUCUUUUCGGGCCCUGACAUCGCUCCAGCUUGCAGGCGACCCAGGAAACAGCUGUAUGUCCGUGCUGGCAACAUCCUACUUCCCAGCACUCGAGGAACUGUACAUCAAAGCCGCCGCAUUCGGGCCUCUCGACCACAUCUUCCGAACGAUCCACGACCACUGCUCGCACACCUCCCUUCACACUCUGCACGUCACCGACGGGGUGAAGCUUCGCGAGGACACCCCCGACUUCGAGCCGCUCGCACACCCGGCGCACUUCCGGUACCUGCACGCCUUCCGCGGGCUGGAGGAAGUCUGGAUCGAGACGCUGCAUGGCAUCCUGCUGACCGACGAUGACCUGCGGGACAUGGCGCUCGCAUGGCCGCGCCUCCGCGCCCUGAGGCUCCUCCCAAGCGAGAACCUCCUCCCGGGCCCACCGACGUUCGAGCCCGCGGGCACCCUCGCGGGCCUUGCCCAUUUCGCGCUGCAUUGCCCCGACCUGGGGAGCCUCGCCAUCGCCAUCGACACGUCCGAGGCGCACAAGAUGGACAUCCUCAGCGCGUUCCCCGCCCUGCUGGAGAGGGUGUCUGCUCUGACGCACCUCCUCCUGGGCCAGUGCGAACCCAUGGGGAAGCCGGAGGCGAUCGCGACGUCCCUCGCGAUCAUCUUUCCGAACCUCGAAGAGGUGCUGGGCAGCUAUCCCGACCCGUUCCUGAGCGACGUGUGGGAGGAGGUCGACCGGCUCUAUCCCAAGUGCCUCCGUGAGCACAAUGCGAGGAGACAGCAGCUCAAAGACAUGUUCGGCGCCAGCCGUGCCGCACAAUGA